UGGACAUGCAUUUCUUGUUUAGUUAUCCCGUAGAAUUUCGAAGCAACGUUUUCGUUGUGUUAGCUUAAUAGUACAAGUACAACCGACCAGCCUUUCCUUCUUCAGACACCGUCGUAGCGAACCAAUUAAAAAUGGUUCGCCUCACUCUCCGUAGGAGGCUCUCCUACAACACCGCAAGCAACCGAAGAAAGAUUGUGAGGACACCUGGUGGUCGAUUAGUUUACCAUUAUGUGAAAAAGCCUGGUAAGGCCCCAAAGUGUGGUAACUGCAAGGUGAGAUUGAAGGGUAUUGCUGCAGUUCGACCUCAUAAGUUACAUAGCCUCUCAUAUCGCAGAAAGAGAGUAUCCAGGUCAUAUGGUGGCAACUUGUGUCACAAGUGUGUGCGGGAAAGAAUCAUCCGUGCCUUCUUGAUUGAGGAGCAGAAGAUUGUAGUAAAGGUUCUGAAAGCUCAGAAGGGCCAUAUUGCCAAGGAGAAAUAAAUUUCCUGCAUGGU